UCUCACAAUCUCGCAUUUUAUAAUUUUGUCAUCUUUUUCUUUCUUUCUUUGAAAUCUUUGUGAGAAAAAAUGGCUAAUGUUGGAAACACUAGUGUGUCUACUAGUAUUGAAGAGCUGAAUCGUGAGAUAACAGAGUUGAAAGAUGAGAUUGAGAAGCUCUGGGCGGAGAACGUCCAACUUCAUCAUCCAACUGGUCGACCUGAUGUUGGUGCCAUUGAAGAGGUCAAGAAGAAGCUCAAGGAUAAGAAAGUGAAGUUGGAAGAGCUCUCCGAGAAGAUGAAAGAAGUUAAGAAAGAGAUGGAGGAAACCCAUGAGUGAUAGGUUACUUUUACUAUUCCAGAAUGAAGCUCUCUUAUAAAUAAGUAACUGAGAUAUUGAUCUGUGUCUAAUCAACUCUUGAGGGCGAGUGAAAUAUAUAGACAUGUUAAGUUUAAAUUUUCUUGAAGUUUUUAUGUCCAGCGAGACUUUCUUAUAAGUAAAAAAAUUGGGAAAUUUGUUGUCUCUAAACUCAUCUCUGAUGAGUUUUAUAUC